GUCACAUCUCAAAACUUGCAAGGCAGGAUCAGGAUCAAGUUCAGUGUUGACCAGAAAAUAAACAAAAGUGGCGUAGUGUUGCCCUAGAUACUGCUAAGUGUGACGGUGCACGGUGAGCUGUGAGUAAAGAGUUGGUGGUAGCUGGAAUGAAGCAGCAGGCCUGUACUUGUACUCACAUCCCAGGCCACCAGGUAGAGGCAAGAGAUGACGGAGGAGUAUGUGGGAUGCCAAGUGUCAGUGGAGGUGGGGGGAGGCUUGGGGUUUUACCAGGGCAAGGUUGUGGCCAUCAACACUGAGAGACAGACCUUAACCCUCACCCAAGUCAUUCACAAUGGUCGUCCGGCACCACUCUCCGAGGUCACCAUUAAUGCUGGUGAUGUGAGGGACCUCAAGAUACUGUCCCGCAGUGCUGACACCACACUCAAGAACACCACCAGCAGACCCCUACAGCCUGAAGCCCCAUCACAGAAACCAACUUCAGCCCCUCAGCCAUACACUUCACAGCCUAACACUACCCAGACUUUUCCACCAGAUCACUACAAACAGCCACCUCAGCAGUAUCAGUCACAGCAGCCACCACAACAACAAAGCACUCAGAGAACUGCUAAGAUCCUGCCAGUGGGGCAUGGAACUGUUGUGGGUGGGGCUGGUACUGGGGCAGAAGGAGGGCAAAUCAGAAGGAAGCCCAGAGCAUCAGUUGGUGAAACACUUGCUCAUGGAUCACACCAGCCCUUCCCCAGGGAUGGAACUGGGGAGUGGCAGCAGAUGGGACAGGGCCAGCCACCUCCUACAGACUACAGCUCUCCCCGCCGCAGUGACCCUGCCAGGACACCAAACAAGAAGGAGCGGCAGCGGCGUGCACGCAAUGAGGCAACAUUUGGCACCCCCAUUGAUGAUAUGCUGACCACUGAGUUUGACUUUGAGAGCAACCUGGCACUCUUUGACAAGCAGGCUGUGUAUGAGGAGAUCCAGAACCAUAAGCCGGAUGUAGUGAGGCAGACAGUGCGGGAAAACUACCGCUAUGAUGAGAAUGUAUUGCCCUCCAAGCCUCUGCCGGAACGCAAGAUUAUUGUGCCCACAUCUGGUGCUGCCGAAGUCAUCUAUGCUAAUGACAAUGGCCUGUUGGUGCCCUCUGUGACCAGCGACCUCCGUGCAGCCCUGCUUUCAACAGCCAAUCAGCACGGCUUAACCAACUCACGGCAGCUGGAGAUGAUAGGCCGCGCUGCCACUGAGGUCAUCAUGUCCAUCAGUGGCUGUAGUCACAGACUGGACCCUGGAAACAGCCAACAGCCACCAGUAGUGGUGGUCCUGUGUGGCAGCCACCUGCAGGGGGCAGCUGGAGUGAAUACAGCACGUCAGCUGGAGUGUCAGGGGGUGCGUACCCUGGUGGUGACCCCGCCAGCCUCUUCCUCCACCCCCAUCCCACUGCUACUGACUCAUGAGCUGCAACUCUAUGGCCUGACAGGUGGCCGCACAGUGGCUGACACCCGUGCCCUGCCCUCCACUCUUGAUCUCAUUGUGGACGCCAGGUUGGACCAUGCUGGGCGGGCAGGGGAGGGUGGGGGUGGCCUGGCCUGGCUGGCCUCCACAGCAGCCUGGGCUUCAGCUUCCCGUGCCCCCGUGCUGGCCCUUGACCCUCCCAGUGACCUGGCUGCCCUGUCCUCCAGCCCCCCACCCCUGCCGGCCCGUGUCCUGCUGUGUGUAGCCCUGCCACUGGCUUACACCCCAGCCCGGGGCAAAGUGUACCUGCUCAGCCUGCCCCUUCCUUUACACACAUUUGCUGCUGUGGGCAUCAAAUAUGUGUCUCCCUUCGGUGCCAAGCUGGUCAUUCCACUGCAUCCAUGUGAAUAGACCUGACUCAACAGACUGCUCCCAUCCACCGGUGACUCCAUUACGGCCAUGCCAGUACAACAUUAUCCACAACAUCCCCAUGCCCUCACAGCUUCCUCUAGCUGUGUGUGUGCAUGUGUGCGUGUGUGUGGUCAUGCCCAGUUCCAAACACUUACACAGGAAAAUACUCAGACUGGUGUGUGUGUGUGUGUGUGUGUGUGUGUGUGUGUGUGUGUGUGUGUGUGUGUGUGUGUAUGUGUGUGUGAGAGAGAGAGAGAGAGAGAGAGAGAGAGAGAGAGAGAGUUUAGGAUUAUAAUACUUGACUUGAAAAAAAAUCUUUGCAUGGGAGAAAGGAUAGUAAAUUUACCAAGACUUUGGCAAACAAAGCUAUUUAUUUUUAUACAUAUAUAAAAUUGCAUACUUCAUUUUUACACAUUACCUUUGCAAUCUAUUUUUCUAUCUAACCUAAUCCACCUGCCAUGUACAACCUCCUGACUUACUAUGAAAAAUUAUAAUGUUCUAAUUUUCUACAGUAAUGACUUGUAUAAUAGUGGAGAAUGUUACUGAAUCACAAAAAUGUUUGAUGGAAUAAUGUCUGCAUAGUAAAGCAAACAUCAUUCUGUAAAAAUACCAAAGUAAACACUAAAGUUGCAUGGGAUAGGAGGGUGACAGUGAUAUGUGGAGAUGUUAGUGGGUGGUUGCAUACAUACAAAAACACACACACACACACACACACACACACACACACACACACACACACACACACACACACACACACACACACACAAAAUGUUUUGUAGAUAUGUCAUUGCAUUUUUAUAGAACUUUAGUGAUAGGAAGUAUUUUAUAGUGACUUAUAUAAGAGGAUGAGAGAGAGAGAGAGAGAGAGAGAGAGAGAGAGAGAGAGAGAGAGAGAGAGAGAGAGAGAGAGAAUACUGAUAAAAUAAUGACAGUGAAAGACCAUCAAAUAAGUAUUAUACAUUUUCUGUUUUCUUUUAGAAGUACAUAAAUAAAUUGUAUUAUUUUU